AUGCCUUCGAGUGUAUCGAUACUAUGUCAUGCACAAAGGCUACAUGGAUAUAGUUUUAAAAUGUGCACUUUUUUGUUACUUCCAGGAAAAGAAAAUACUACUCCAAAGAAAGUAUAUUUUCAUGGUAACACUGAGGAUGGUCAGCAAAGAUUCUGUAGACUCUGUGGAGAAAGUAACUGUGGGAGAUACAUACGUAUUUUUGGUGGAAGCAAUGUGGCAGAUGGAUUGCCAGCUAAAAUUGAAACUGUCACAGGAAUCAUAGUAUCUGACGCAACAUACGAUGUUAUAUGCCGAAAGUGUUUAAGAUUUAUUGAAAACGUUAUCAGUUUUCGCAAAAAAUGUCAGUCAGUACAAUCAUCAUCAACUAAAAAUUAUGUUGUUAAACGAAUGGCAAUUUCUCCUAAAAGUGUGAACAACUCAUUUGUAAAAACUAAUAAAGCCAAUUCCAAAAAAAGACUGAAGUUCUCUACUACAGAUAAUGUCAGUCAACAAUUGCCAACACAAAGUACAGUCAUUACAAAUUCUACAUCUGUGUUCAACAAACAAAGUUCUGUUUAUAAGGGAAGUUUAUUGACAACAAACCAAUGCGAAUAUGUGAUAAGAUCUGCACAAACAAGACUAUCUGGGACAUUGGCAAAUUCCUUAGCAUUAAUACCUAGUGUCAAUUAUGCAACAAAGUCGAUUAUAACAGCCGACAUGUCAAGAAAAAGUGAUGAUCUUUGUAAAAUGGAGAAUGGAAGUGUUUUAUUGGGAAAAGGUUUUGAAGAUUUGAAAAAUUUUUCUAUGAAAAGUAUCUGGGAUGAAAUGAAGAAAUGUCAGCCUUUUUUCAUUGAUAUUUUGUCUGCUAUUGCUGGAUCAAAACAUGAUAUCGAUGAAACUCCAGAAAAUGUGAAAGUGAAAUUCUGUUUUAUCUAUGCUAUUUUAAUGAACAUUAAAUGGAACAAGUUGUCAAAUGUACAAAGAAUAAACACGGUGUUGAUGAUUGAAGGUGGCGGAAGUAAAAAGCUUCUGGAGAGAUUGAAUAAUUUAGGGGUUACAUUAUCUUCAUCUCGUAAACCAUACUUACUGGAUUUGAUCGGUGGACAUUUUUGUGAUAAAGCAGUUGAAGCAGUUAAGAAUGGAAAGACGUUGAGAGGCACAGGGGAUAAUUGGGAUAUUAGAGUUUUACGUUCCCAUAUGACAAAAGAAUUACAAAAUGAAGAUAUACACAUGUUCGCAUCUAACAUCAUUGUUAAUAGGUUGAAUUUCACCCACCUACAAAAUGAUAGGCCAUUGCGAGAUUUGGCAACAUGCUCCCGCUCAGUUUUUCUACUAUCCAAUACUGAUCUAAGAAGAUUGAGAGAAAACUUCAAAGUGUUGAUUAGUCGUGUAUGUAUCAAAUAUCUUCCAAAAUUUAAAUUUUUGAAAAGAGUCACACCAAAUCAUAUUAAACACAUAUAUUCAAAAGAAAUGACUGAAAGAUCACAUAUCAUAUCACUACCUAUUAUUGAUGCCAAUGAAGCCAAAUAUGAUCACUGUGUGAAAAUAUUGCGACAAUAUGAGUCAUGGGUAUUUGAAAUAUUCAAAAAAGCUGGUCACAUUCAGCAAAGGGAUUUGUAUAAUCCAGUUAUUCCGGCUGGAGAUGCAGCAAGACCAGAUCAACCAGGUGCACAUGUUCAAGACACCCAAGAUGAUCCUAUGUUGGAAAUGAAAAUUCCCUUUUCUGGGGACCAGCUUACAAGAGUUAGGUUUGCUGGUGCAAAAGAUUUAUUAUCAGGUGCACACACUCCAUCAGAUAGAUUUGAGCACUGCUCUCCAUUCAAGCCAGCUAUGUGGCAUUGUAAAGCAUCCUUAUUGCAAUAUUGUUAUUCAUUGAUGUAUGAUAGUAACUCAUUUAAUCAGUUGGGAACUUUGAAAUAUUUUCGUGAAAAAUAUAACCGCAAAAAUGUGACACCAAAAAAGGUGCAUGACUCAUAUGAUGGAUGUGAAGAUUUUUUUUUAAGUGUGGGUCAAGCAUACAUUGUAGUUGCAUUAUUGAACUUUUUUGGGAUGGAAAGUGUUGAUGAAUACCCAACAAAGCACAAAUUUAUGUCUAACAUGUCGCAUAAAGGCGAUGAAGAUAUAAAAGUAUAUUUUGACACGGUUAUUGGAGCAUUUGUUGAUGCCUACAUUUUCCAAAGAGAUCAGGCACCCAACCCUGGAGAAGAAGAAGACUACGUCAAAAAUUACUCCUUGAUGAUCAUGUAUUUAGCUGUCAUUGUUUUGCAAUUAAAAGAUACUGCUGCUGAAGGAGAUGGAGAAAGGAAUCUCACAAAUCAAAAAUUGUUAAUGACUAUCUUCAAAUCGAUGAACGCCUACAGUAAGUAUGCACUAGAAAUGUUUGUUUCUAUAGCACUGAUUGAAUGUUUAUCCUCAGAGAGAAUUUCUAAUGAGUUGAAAUGGGGAUUUUUUAACAAUUGGACUGGUGGCAAUGGAAAAAAUAUAGAAGAUGACCUGACUCAAGAAAUUUUUAAUUGCAUCAGUAAGAAUGCUGUCAAAAGACUUGGAGCAAACAAAACUCUCAAAAGCAUUAGUGACAUAUGCAAAGCCACAACUGGUAUAAGAACUGUUGUAGAAAAAGUGGAUGAGGAACUAAACAUUCAUAGAAAUAGUACACAGCAUACAGCUCCAAGUGCGUUCAAUGAUGAACUUGGAAUGAUUACAGAGUUAAUUCAACUCAAUCCCUUUGAACAUUCAGCUGGACGAUUUCACGCUUGUUUCCCGGAUAUACAAAGGUCACCAAUGAAAUAUCUCAAUAUAAAUGACUAUAACAAUUGGAUAAAACUUCACCAAAAAAAUAUGUCUGGUAUAUAA